AUGUCUUUCACCUCAACUGCCACUGGUGUUGCCCCUACCAGCCUAAACCUCAAUAUGUUCGAGAAGCUUGAGGAGAAGAAACCAAAGUCUCCUUCUGUUCUCACAGACGAUGAGGAUAUCUUCUCCUUGGACAUGGUCACCAUGGACAUGGAGUUUGACCAGGCUUACCUGAUGUACACCCAGAUGCAGCAGAAACAGGCUCUCUCCGGUGUUGAACAGCUCCAGAGAGCCAAACAGAGCCAGAAACACCAGCAGCAGCAGCAUCAUCAACAUCAUCAUCAACCACAACAGCAGCAGCAACUGGCUCAUCACAACCAGCACAACCAGCACAACCAGCAAAAUGUGUAUGGAUUCUACCCUGAGCUCAACGACUACGACAGCGUGCCAGGUCUCCCGCUUCUCCUGCCACCAAGCGAAUCGAAGGGUCUUUUUGACGGCCAGAAGACUGCCAACCCCAUGACCAAGGACGACAGCAUGGACCACUUCUUCCUCAACACUGAGCUGAAUGCUUUGGAAAAGUUCUUGGACAACUUGGCCCUGUCUUCAGGCAACCCCUUGGAGCUCUACAACAACCCCCAGGCUCCUCCCCUGCCUUCCAUGUACAAUCAGCCCAUGCACACGAUGGACCGGCUCAGGAAGCCUGACAACCGUGAGAUUCCCGACUUUGUUAAGAAGGAGAUCACCGAUGCUUUUAGACACCCACCUGUGCAGAGCUUGAAGAGCUUUGGCUCUGAGCAGACCCAGUUGCCUACGCCGCUUGACUCGAGACAGCUGCUGGCUCUGGAGAAGCGUACGCUGACCCAGCUGGAGCUCGAUUCUCCACCAUGGCUGCCAUCUAGCAAGAAGAGAAGAAAGAGCUCGACCAGACCGCUCCUCACUUUGGAGCAGAAGAGAUUGAACCACUCCCACUCGGAGCAGAAGAGACGUCUCUUGUGCAAGCAGGCUUACGAGAGAUGUCUUCGCUUGAUCACCAACGUUGACGACUACAAGAAUGACUUGGUUUCUGCAUCUGCCGUGACCCUGCUGAAGAAAAAGAGUAAAAGAAAGCAGAUCAACAAGGACGGCUUGCCUAACUUGUCGAAGCACACGGCGUUGUUGAAGGUGAGUGGCGAGAUCAUGAAGAUCAGUGGCAAGAACGAAGAGUUGAGAAAGCUCUUAGCACAGUAUUGA